UUUCUUGCAGACGUCCCAUUUCUUUUGGUCUGGUCUGCUCUGUUGUGGCGAGGCUCCGUUUCUUUGCCAUUUUAACUUGUAAAAGCUACUGGGUUCGAAAUGGUGGCCGAGGACGAAAUCAAUAACGCUGAUGCUUCUGCUGAGUCUCCUACUUCGGUCCUUGAAGAUGAGGACAUAUGCAAGGACAAUAUUGGAGUCAAGUUGGAUGAAGAAACACGUUUAAAUACAAAAGUUGAAGGUGCCUUUCUUAUAUCUAAAUCCAUUAUAGAGGAGGAGGUAAAGUUACUAGAAGCUCGGGUGGGAGAAGAUGGGGAGCAAGAGAAAGAGCCCAAGAAUGAAGCCUGUUUGAAUGACAUGCAGUUUACCAAGUUGGAUGAGCUCCUCACUCAAACACAGAUGUACACAGAGUUUUUGCUGGACAACAUGGAAGACAUCACAAAUAAUGGAGUGGAACAGGAGAGUGAACCUGUGAUGAAAAAGAAAGGCCGUGGAUCAAAAAGAAAAGCAGCAACCCAAUGCAAUACUAGGAAGGCCAAGAGAGCAGUUGCAGCAAUGCUAACAAGAUCUAAGGAAGGAGGAAUAGCUGAAGAUGAGAGCCUGAAUGAGGAAGAAAGAGUUCAUAAAGAGCAGAGAGAACUCGUGCCUUUGUUGACUGGUGGAAAAUUGAAAUCUUAUCAAAUCAAAGGUGUUAAGUGGUUGAUCUCAUUGUGGCAAAAUGGGUUGAAUGGAAUUCUUGCAGAUCAAAUGGGCCUUGGAAAGACAAUUCAAACAAUUGGUUUCCUUGCACAUUUAAAAGGAAAUGGAUUAAAUGGACCCUAUUUAGUAAUUGCCCCACUUUCUACUCUCUCAAAUUGGGUGAAUGAGAUUUCAAGGUUUGUGCCCUCAAUGAAUGCAAUUGUUUACCACGGAAGCAAGAAAGAGAGGGAAGAACUACGAAGGAAACACAUGCCUCGUGAAAUCGGCCCAAAAUUCCCUAUAGUUGUCACUUCUUAUGAGGUUGCAUUAUUUGAUGCAAGAAAAUCUUUAAGGCAUUACAAUUGGAAAUAUGUUGUUAUUGAUGAGGGGCACAGGUUGAAAAAUUCGAAGUGCAAACUGCUAAAGGAAUUGAAACAUUUACCUAUGGGAAAUAAGCUUCUAUUAACCGGGACUCCACUGCAGAAUAAUUUGUCCGAGCUUUGGUCAUUGUUACAUUUCAUUUUGCCCGAUAUCUUUUCAUCCCUUGAAGAAUUUCAGUCAUGGUUUGAUUUGUCAGGAAAGUGCAACUCUGAAGCUCCAAAAGAAGAGGUUGAAGAGAAAAGAAGAGCACAAGUGGUAGCUAAACUCCAUGCUAUAUUACGCCCCUUUCUUCUUCGAAGAAUGAAGUCUGAUGUUGAGCAGCUGCUCCCUCGUAAAAAGGAGAUCAUAUUAUAUGCUACCAUGACUGAGCAUCAAAGAAACUUCCAGGAUCAUUUAGUCAAUAAGACAUUGGAAAAUUACUUACUUGAGAAAGUGGCCACAGGAGGAGGCAUGAAAAGAAAACUUAACAAUUUGAUGAUUCAACUUCGGAAGAACUGCAACCAUCCUGACCUCUUAGAGUCUGCAUUUAGUGACUCAGUAUUUUACCCACCUGUCGAGCAGAUUGUUGAACAGUGUGGUAAAUUCCGCUUGCUGGAUAGGUUGCUGGCUCAGCUAUUUGCCCGCAAGCACAAAGUCCUCAUCUUCUCUCAAUGGACUAAGGUUUUGGAUAUAAUGGACUAUUAUUUUAGUGAAAAGGGAUUUGAAGUUUGUAGAAUUGAUGGCAGCAUGAAGUUAAAUGAUAGGAAAAGACAGAUUGAAGAGUUCAAUGAUGUCAACUCCAAAUGUAGGAUAUUUAUUCUGAGCACUAGAGCUGGUGGACUGGGUAUUAACCUCACUGCAGCUGAUACCUGUAUACUGUAUGACAGUGACUGGAACCCUCAAAUGGAUUUACAGGCUAUGGAUAGAUGUCAUAGGAUUGGCCAAACCAAGCCUGUUCAUGUUUACAGGCUUGCAACAGCUCAAUCUGUUGAGGGUCGGAUUUUGAAAAGAGCUUUUAGUAAGUUGAAGCUUGAGCAUGUUGUGAUCGGGAAAGGGCAGUUCCAUCAAGAACGGAUCAUGGGCAAUGGUACAGAUAUCUUGGAGGAAGAGGAUCUACUGGCACUUCUUAAAGACGAAGAAACUGCCGAAGACAAAAUGAUUCAGACAGAUAUUAGUGAUGAAGAUCUGGAGAAGGUGUUGGAUAGAAAUGAUCUAAUGGGAGUUCCAUCAGAUGAUGAAGAGAAAAAGCCCAAUGCAAAUGCUCUUUUCCCUCUUAAAGGACCUGGUUGGGAGGUUGUGAUACCAACAGCAACUGGAGGCAUGCUCUCUACCCUCAAUGUCUAAAAGGUUCAUGUCGUGUCUUCAAUUUUCAAAUUUUUGGAAGCAGAUAAGUGUGGGAAGAGCUCUAUUUAUUUUUGUGAGCUGAGAAAUGAAGAGCUUUAUCCAUUACUGCUGUUUUGUGAAGCUCUAUUCUUUGGAGCCAACUUCUCAAUGUCUGUUAAUGAAGUUAGAUACGAGUAAAUUUGAAAGGUUUAGAGGGACACAUGGCGAUUCUUUUGAUGGUUAGGAACAGUUAGUAAUAGCCGUAUCAUACUCUCUUAGUGGGAUCAUAUCAUGUCUUCAAAUUU